AUGAGCUCAAUAAAUCCUUUUCAAAAAGAUGAGAAGGAAAAUAGUGAAAUACAAAAACCAUCGACAAAAUUCAAGUACGUCGUAAUAAGAAACAGUGAAUCCAGAAUGAAUUUAACACCAAAGUCAUUUAAGGAAAGACGAUCCUUUGGUAAGCAUAAUUCUUCUUAUAUUAUUAUAUUUUGUUAUAUUAUGCUUGAAAUAAUAAUUUUGUUACUAAUAAUUAAUAGACGUAAACUGCAGCUACAUCCAACACAAGCAUUUUUUCUGUUAGUAAACCAAAGAAGUAUGGCAAGUGCUAGUAUGACAAUGGCACAACUGUAUCAGAGUGAACAAGACGAAGAUGGAUUUCUUUAUAUAGUAUUUGCUAGCCAAGAAGUUUUUGGGCAUUAAUUUAUGUCGUUUCGUUUUAAAGUUAAAAUGAAACUUUUUGUGGAAUACACCAUGUGCUAAAUAAUUUUAAGGACUCCUAGGAAGAAUUUUAGAUCUAUUAUUACUUGAAUCUGCCUUUAAACGAUUAUGCAGAAUCUUUGUGAUGGACGUGCAGUACCUGCUGAAAUAAGUAACAAAACAUUCACAUUUGUGCAUAAAAUUAUGGUGCUUAGAUCUUCAGGAUAUAUUUACAUCAAGUUAAAUUAAAAGUUAGUUAUUUACUAAUGACAAUACUUUCUGUUACAAUUUUUUAACUUCUAUGAUUGAUCUUCAUAGGUAAACAAUUACCUACAUAUAAAAUAGGUAUGACGUAAUAGCAAUGACUAAUUUUAAUUUGUUUUCAUCUACAUUUAUCUAGAAUGUCCAGUAAACGCGAAUGUAAUGAAUUGUAAACGUAUGCGAAAAAGAAAUAAUACUGUAUAAAUAAUACUAGUAGCCAGUCAUAUACUAGAAAAUAUAAAUUUACAAACGUAAGUGUUCGUUUGUUACUACCGUGUGAAUUACGUAUGGAAUGAUAUUACGUUUGAAAGUGUUACUAUUUAUUAGGUACGCAUGUACUGGAUAAUGUACUAAAUUGUUAGUAUGUAUAUGACAUGCUACGGAGUAAAGAGAAGAUGCUUUAAAUUACGAUAACUGAAUGAAAAUAUCCAUCACGACUAAAUUUAUUCUGAUUGCAGUAUACUGAAAUGUUGGUGAAAGUGUUCAUCUAUAUAAUUACCAUGUCUAUUCAUAUAUGAUAAUGUUAUUACA